CCCGCCGUUACCAUUCCACCAGAGUCUGUUCAUCACCGACGCUCUUUCCCAUCCACCUGUCCCUCCCUCCUGCGACCGUGGAAAUAUUACCUUUUUAACACCUACACAGAAAACAAAAAAAACAAAAAUGGCGAGCAGCUUCUCAAGAAUCCUCUCCUCCAAAAGAAAAAUCGGGCUCCUGUCGUUGGUGGGGGGCUCAGUAACGGCUGGAUUCCUGCUCCACCGGGAACACGUCAGCGCCGGAGUGCCUGUACGCAGGCAGUACCCCGCCAGUGCGGAGUACCCUGACUUGCGCAAACACAACAACUGCAUGGCCAGUAACCUGACACCUGCCAUCUACGCCAAGCUGUGUGACAAGGCCACUCCCAACGGGUACACGCUUGACCAGGCCAUCCAGACGGGUGUGGACAACCCCGGGCACCCGUUCAUCAAGACUGUUGGCAUGGUGGCAGGAGACGAGGAGUCCUACGAGGUAUUUGCAGAUCUGCUGGAUCCCAUCAUCAAAGAGAGGCACAACGGCUAUGACCCCCGCGUCAUGAAGCACCCCACCGACCUGGAUGCCAGCAAGAUCCAGUCGGGCAACUUUGACCCACGUUACGUGCUGUCGUCCAGGGUGAGAACGGGCCGCAGUAUCCGAGGGCUGAGCCUGCCCCCCGCCUGCACCCGGGCGGAGCGCAGGGAGGUGGAGAGGGUGGUGGUGGAUGCCCUCGCCGGCCUGAAGGAUGACCUGACUGGGACAUACUACAGUCUCACCCAGAUGACAGACAAGGAGCAGCAACAAUUGAUUGAUGACCACUUCCUCUUUGACAAGCCUGUGUCACCCCUCCUGACCUGUGCAGGAAUGGCUCGUGAUUGGCCAGAUGCCCGUGGUAUCUGGCACAACAACGAGAAGACAUUCCUGAUUUGGAUCAAUGAGGAGGAUCACACCAGGGUCAUCUCCAUGGAGAAGGGAGGGAACAUGAAAAGAGUCUUUGAGAGGUUCUGCAGAGGCCUCAAGGAGGUGGAGCGUCUGAUCCAGGAGAGAGGCUGGGAGUUCAUGUGGAACGAGAGGCUCGGUUACAUCCUCACCUGCCCCUCCAACCUGGGCACAGGGCUCAGGGCCGGGGUUCACGUCAAGCUGCCCCUGCUGAGCAAGGAUCCCCGCUUCAGUAAGAUCCUGGACAACCUGCGCCUGCAGAAGCGAGGAACUGGCGGCGUGGACACCGCUGCUGUGGGUGGCACCUUCGACAUCUCCAACCUGGACCGCCUGGGACUGUCUGAGGUCCAGCUGGUGCAGACAGUGGUCGAUGGUGUCAACUACCUGAUCGAGUGUGAGAAGAGACUGGAGAAAGGCCAGGACAUCAAGGUGCCCCCACCUGUCAAGUAUUUCAAGUAGACACUGAUCCCUAACCCCUGACCCCACCCCACAAACCUCUGGGCACACACACAUGCACAAACCCCCCUCCUGCUCUGUGCCCAUAGAUAUUAUAAUAUAAUAUAAUCUCUAUAUAUAUAUAUUAUACGCAGCUAUCUGACUAAACCAAACCAGGUCCCAGAAAUGGGCUCUUCUGUGUUUCAAAUUAUUUUGAAGGGUUUUAUAUUAAACUCAAAUUCAAAUGUUGGUCUAAAAUGGCAGCAAACAUUAAUGAAGGAUGCACAAACUGUAGGCUGAUGUAAUGGAGUGAAGAUGGCCGCCAGUUUGCCCAUCUGUGCAUGGCCAAACAGUAUCUAUGGCUCUGCUCCCAAAGCACUCCUCGGCCCACUAAACCUGGCUUUACCUCGCCUCAGUCCCUUCCUGCCGCAUGUCCUAUACUCAGCCUGUCUCUUCCCCUCAUUCCCACAUGUUCGUUUGCUCAUCCCUAUUACCUGGUGCUUGUAUAGUCCAUCCAUUUGUGCUUUAUUUUCUAUCGUGGAUUGUGUGUACACAGUUUCUUUUCACCAUUUUUGAGUGGAUUUGAAUGUAGAUUAACAGAGUAAGACUGAAGAGACUCGUCUUCUCCAGAGGAUUUGUACGUUUGACGACACGCUGGUGUCAAAAUGUGAUGUUAUAACACUGGUUGGGCUGGGUUCUGUACUGUAAGCUACUGAAGCAAUAUCAUUCCAGCGCCUCAUGAAUGUCACAGUGUAAUUUCUUUUAUUAAAGAAGUCAUCUAUUUAACAGUA